ACGCAGCACCAGCACACGAUGCCGUCGACGACGCCGAAGCCGGUCAACGUGUCGCAGGUCCCCAUCACCAUCAUCAUGAACCAGGAGCCGCCGUCAGCGGGCCCCGCGCCGCAAGUCUGCGCCGAGGCCAACGCCGUCGACACGCCCCUGGGGAGACUCCGCCAGGCCAUGAGGAACAUCAGCUAUACUCAAAUGAACGCCUUCUUCGACGCCUUUAUCAUAUUUUACAGCGACGAACAUCUGAGCGAGGAGCCGGCUGCGGCGGAGCGUCGUCUGGAGUGGGUGAGCGGGUGGGACGGCGCGGGCACGGCGGCUGUGCUGGCGGACGGCGGCGCGGCGAUCUGGGUGGCGGCGGGCGACGUGCGCCGCGCCCGCGACGCACUUACAUGCGCCUGGCUCGUCAUCGACGCUGACGACCCCAGCCAGCCCACUAUCACGGAGUGGAUCGCUGAACGGCCAUCCCGCAACGGUCGCGUGGGCGGAGAUGCGCGGCUGACGUCCAUCGGUGAGUGGCAGACGCUCACCACGAGCCUGCAGCGCGAGGGGCUGCAGCUCACACAUGUACCGACCCUGGUCGACCAGCUGUGGAACGACGAGACCGACCCUGCCCGCCGCCGCCCCGAGUUCACGAGGAAGGUCGCCGACCUGCAUCAUGUGGAAUAUACAGGAAUGUCAUGGCGCGAGAAAGUUUGGGCGGUGCGGAACGAGCUUCGCGAGAUAGGGGUUGACGCCAUGGUGGUGACGGCUCUGGACGAGGUGGCAUGGCUCCUCAACAUCCGGGGGAAGGACAUCCCCUUCGCCCCCCUGUUCAAGGCCUUCGUCAUCAUCAGCACGCGAGACAUCCGCGUGUACGCGCCGCCCGGGAAACUCUCCAUGCCGGUCCGAGAUGAGUUGGCCGUAUACAACUGUUUCGCCAACUCCAAUAAUUGUACCAAAGUUAACGAGUACACAACAAUAUACGCGGACCUCCGACGUGCGACCGAGUCCAAGAUCCUGAUUCCGAUAGGAGGGACGUUCCAGCGCGGGGCCUCCGCCGCCAUCGCUCUCAGCGUGCCCCAGGCCAAGAGAGUGCCCCAAGCCUCGCCCAUCAUAUACCUCAAGGCCCAGAAGAACCAGGCCGAGAUCAAGGGCAUGAAGCGAGCGCACCUGCGGGACGCCGUCGCCAUGUGCACCGUGCUCAGUUAUAUAGAGGGCAUGAACAAAGGCAAUUUAAACGAGCUGUCAGUGGCGGACAAAGUUGACCUGACACGGGCGACGCAGGCGGGCUACGUGGGUCUGUCGAUGCGCACGCGCGUGGGCUUCGGGCCCAACGGCGCGGACCCCGACUACCGCCCCACCAACAUCACCAGCCGCCGCAUAUUCACCAACUCCACCAUGAUCAUACAGUCGGGAGGGCAAUAUGAUGAAGGUACAACGGUCGUCUCCCGUACGGUGCACUACGGUUCCCCGAACGCCGCGGAAAAGCGUGCAUACACGGUGGUGCUACGGUCGCUCGCCGCAUUGAGUUCCCUGGCCGCGCCCGCCACGCUGCCCGCCGCGCACGCCGACCCGCUGGCACGGGCGCCGCUCUGGGCACACAAGCAGGACUACGCCCCGCCUACUGGACAUGGUGUUGGCGCCGCGCUUAAUAGACGAGAGGACCCGGUUGUAAUAGACUACAGGCAGGACACAAAUCUCCACUACUUUAGGGAAGGAUAUUUUAUAAACAGCGAACCAUCCUGGCAGGAGCCGAACAAGUUUGGUGUGAAACUGGGCAAUGUCCUGGAGGUAAUCUCCAAACCUGGCGGCUACUUGGGUUUCCGGGAGGUGACCCUCGUUCCUUACGAACCUAAACUUAUUGAUAAGAAUUUACUUACGGAUUAUGAGAUAAACUGGUUGAACGCUUACAACGAGAAGAUCCGGAAGACCGUGGGUCCCGAGCUGCAGCUGCAGGGGCUCACCAGCGUCUACUACUGGAUGAUGAACAAGACCGUACACAUCGACUCCCCCAGACACAAGCCGAGCGUCAACUGCGCGAUCUCGCAUACGGCGGCCGUCGGCGCUAUGGCGAUUGUCAUGGUUACGAUCAUGCAAUAA